AGUUACCAAGUAUUAAAGCAACUUACGGAGAAACACUUUUGCUCGCCUUCCCUCAAGAUAUUUGCAUAACGUCCUCCCAGUUGCAUUUCCCCCCCCCCCAACCGCAGUCAUGUUCUGCAACAUGAAACAAGACAAAGCUUGAUAAACAGAAGUCCCCGAGACUGGCACAACCGGAAUACAGCACCGUGGUAUGUUUCUCAAACUGAGACCGCGAACAGCGACAGAGAUCAAAGAGGAAAAUGCGUGGCAAAAGGGAAGAACUUAUUUCAGGAUGGUUUUAAGGCAGUUUCUGAAUGUCAUGUUCACAUCAGCCUUUCUCGUUUCAACGCCAGGGAGAGGCCUUGAAAAACUGCCAAAGCCCAAGAACGUAUUUGUAAAUUCGACCAACAUGAGGCACAUCCUGAGGUGGAGCCCUGUGAGAGUUCCUGUGGGAGAGAUCAGUUACUCAGUAAAGUUUCAAGGUGAGUUUGAGAGAAAUCACAAGAAGACUUGGGUGGCGAUCUCGGAAUGUUCUGGCAUGACUGAAACAUCUUGUGAUGUCACGAUGGAUAUAGCAUCAGAUGUGGAUUAUGACCUGAAGGUACGGGCAGAACUUGGGAACAUCACUUCCAAAUGGGCGAACCUCAGCAAACUCUUCAAUCGUAAGGAGACUAACCUCACAACACCGAGGCUGACGGUGAAAAGUAACGGUGGUUUGCAAACCAUUGAUGUCAGUGAUGUAAAGAAGAACGUUAAUGCUCGUAUUUAUUACUGGGAGAAAGGUGUGGAGCAUCAGAUUAUGAAUACUUCCAUGGACCAGAAUCCUUACAAUAUCGUCCUGCAGAAGGGGGUCCUGUAUUGUUUUCAAGCACAACUUUUCAUUCCAGAAUACAACAAAUUCAGUAACUAUAGUGACCCAGUAUGCAAGUUAGUCAAUGAUGAUUCCACAUCUGAGGAGAUCCUUACAACAGUGACUACAGUGUUACUCCUUGGGGUCCUCAUUCUAAUAAUCUCCCUGUAUCUCACGUGGAAGCUCUUCUGUCGAACCCAUUCUGCAUGGCUUCCCAAAAUUUCAACUCCUUCCAUUCCAAGCUUUGAUAACCUUCAAGUAGACGUCAUGAGUGAAGAAGAUUUCAGUCACGAGUAUUGCCAUGUUGUGCAGGUUCUGCCUCAGUCAGAGCCAUUACUCGGCCAAUAUCAAGCACUGACACGGGAGGAGAAUCCAGACUGCAAACCGAUACAAACUGUUGGACAAACAACUUCAUGAUAUCAGGGAAUUUUUUCUAAUUGCAUUGAUCAAGAGAGAUUGAGUACUGGACAGAAUAUUGGAGACUAGUCCUGACAGUACCGGUAUCUUCUAAAUUAGGAAGAGACAGGACAAGUAUUUAAAGAAUUUAAUAUGAAAUGAAAAGUUCACGGGGAUAUACUGUUUAUGGAGUUAGACUGAAUCUGAUUCUGGACCUUCAAGGAUUUCAAUGGACACAAUGUGUUGAACUGUUUAAUGGACAUAGCCUACAUUCACUUUGCACAUUCCAAAGGAGUUUAGGAUUCUGUCCCUUAAAAUGGCUACGCCUCUAAAUUAAGUGUUAGGUAAUGCUCACUGAUCAACGAAUGCACUCACUUUGUCACAACACAAAGAAAAUUCUUCACCCUUUUUGACUCUGGAAACGUAAUGUGGGGAACUUUUAGGAUUUUGAGAUUGGAAGACAUAGAUUUGAUAUUUACAGAUUAUGUGUGCCGCUCUGUAUAUCUUUCAGACAGUACAUCACUCAGCACAUCAUAGCCUAAUUUUGCAACUGUUGCCUAGCUCAUUAACUGUAGUAUAACAACUGAGCCUGAUCUUUCUCUUUAGCAAUUAAUAAUUAACAUUUACUGAUCCACUCUGUCCCCUACACCUCCCAGAUCCAGUCUAGACAUUCUGUAUUGAAUGUGAGCUGUUUAACCAAUAAUCAACGCAAUCUUGGAGCUCAAACUUGUGAUGUGUUGGUCUCAGUGGCUUGAUAUCAGCGCACGUGAUGCACUCAACCCCAAACUCGUUGGUGUACAUGCCUCCAACUCUCUGAUUGACAUUCAACUCCUCUCUAAACCAUAUGGUCAUUCAAUUAGGUUUUGGUUGAUCUGUAUGGUAACUCCAGCCACCCACUUUGGUUCCAAAUCCUUGCCUAACAGAAAUAUGUCUUUCCCACUUUUGAAGUUGGUAAUUGACCCCUAAUUGAGGAAUGAAUUGCAGGUUUGCCUCAGGCAUGUUUGGUGCGAUGCUCUUUCUGAUACUAGUCCAGCUCUAACUUUAAGCCCCAAAUUCUGGACUUCCUUUCCAGGGAGAAUAUCAAUUCUCUUCAAAUCCUUUAAUCAAUUUAAUCACAUUGUGACCUUUGAUAUUGAAAGCAAUACAAAUCCUAGAUGUAUAACUAAGCCUCAUAUCUUAACAGUUUUGGCCCCAGUUUUGGUAGAAGACUCAGCAGAAAUAUACACUCUGGUGUAAUUGGGCUUUCAGUAUGCCAAUGUGAUUCCAUGAAAUCCAAAUACCAGAUUUGUAAAUAAAUCCCAGUGUUAUUUGAAUUGGUGAGUCGUUUAAAAGUCACACUGUUCCAGAGCUCUUGCAGCCUUCUGUUUAGUGGACGGUGGAAUCAUUUCAGUUGUUACUUUUCCCAUUUGGACACUAGUUUGUUUCUGACCCAGCCUGACAGAAGGAAAGUCUCCUCCAUCUGGUAGCUGGAAAGCUCCAAGAGACCAGGCAGUUUCAUGCCAACUUCUAAUUCAGCAUAAAAGACCUGGUGGAAUGAGAAACAGAAAUGCACCAGAGUGCCUAUCAAUAAUUGACCUUCACGUUUUGUGCUGGGUGUACCAAUACAACCCCUUGCUGCUCCUUCCCAACCCAGUACCCGUUGUGGAAUGUCUCAGUCAUUUGAUUUUGUUCAGGGAUGUGGACGGGACUGAAUAGGCCAUAUUUAUUACUCAUGCCUAGUUGCUUUUUGGGCACUGAGAGGCAAACAUUUAUUAUGGAACUUGUAUUACAUGUAGGACAGACAUGUACAAGAUGCAUGUUCCUCUCCUUGAAGCACUGCAGUGAACCAAUUAGGAUUUUUAAAAAAUUCAUUCAGGAUGGAUGGCUUUGAUCACCAGGCCAGCAUUUAUUACCCAUCCCUAAUUGCCCAGAGGGCAGUUAAGAGUCAGCCACAUUGCUGUGGGUCUAGAAUCACAUGUCGGGCUGACCAGGUAAGGAUGGCAGUUCCUUUCCCUAAAGGACAUAAGGGAUUCGGAUGGUUUUUCCCCCAAAAGUUGACAAUAGAUUCAUGGUCAUUAGAAGACUCUUAACUCCAAAAUUUUAUCAAAUUCACAUUCCACCAUCUGGUUAUGGCAUUAUCUGUACCCGAGUCCCCAGAACAUUACCUGGGUCUCUGGAUUAACAGUCCAGUGAUAAUACCACUAGGACCUCACCUCCCCUUUCUUUUUCAUUGUCAUUCUUCAUUUUUUUUAAUGAAUCUACAACCUAUCGAGGCUGCUUGUGAUAUAGUAGUUCCUUUGAGGCAGGAGGUCUGGAUUCAAGUCUUACCUGCCCCAGAGGUACAUCCUAAUAAAUCUGAUCAGGUUAAUUCGAAACAUCUACAACCUAUCAGAAAUCAGCAUUGCAGCCUGCCAAGGUAUGAUUCCAAUGUAAAACCUUGGGUUAUUAGUUCUGUACCCCACCAGACUAACACAACUUGCUUUGGUUUCUUAAGUAAAUAGUAGCUGUAUUAUUUUAUGUCAGUGCACUCAAUGAGACAUUAUGGGGGAAUAGAGGUACAUUGUUAAUACAGAGUGGAGACCAUUCUUACUCUGCCCUUGACAAGAUUUGGGACAGUGACACUGAAGGUUCUGAAUGAACCAUUUCCCUCCCCCUUGACUCACACAAAACUUUCAACAUUUUUGAAAGAAAAGAUGUUUGAUUUACAGGUAAGAAUAAAGAGCUUGCAUUUAUUUAAAUAUUUUACAUUUCCUUAGCACCUCACGAGCAAAGGACUAUGUUUUUUUUGAAGUGAAUUCCCUGUCAGUGUGUAAUACUGUCCUCAAUCCUUUCCCAUCUCACCUUUUCAUUAGAUUUGAUCAAUGACCAAACUCCAUUACCUACUGGAUGAUGUUCUGAUGAUCUCGGUACAGGUGCUGGUCCAGUUCUGUGUCCGUUCUCAGACUCAGAUACAGUUCCAAAGUCCUUUUGUGACUUUUCUCUUUUGGUGGGAACCUGGACAGUAGAUGUCCACAGCUAAAGAACCCACUACCUACCUCAUUAUGCCAGAAACCCCUUCCUCUUUACAUUAUCACUACCUCAAACUUUCAGCAUUGAACACCUUAUUAUUAUUUUAUUUAUUUAUUAUUGUAAUAUUCUCCCCGUCCUACAGCCAAGGCCAAAGAAACAGAAUAAGGGUGGGUUGUCUUGUCUUGAUUCAAAACCCUGUCUCAACAACUCUGAGAUUGUGCAGGUAGAUGCUGUAACGAGAAAUCUCUUAAUGUUGGCUCUUUGUAUGGAACACUAAUUAUGAUUUUCACUCUUACUUUUUUACAUGACUAAUAUUAUAAGGUGAAUUGAAGUU